UUCGUAAACGGUUUCCAUAAUGAAUACGCUCCUGCUGUGAUACGUUGUUGUAGGAAGAAUAUUUCUGGAUGCAUUUGUGUCUUUGCGCCUAUCACCGAAAUAUUACUACAAACAAUGGAUGACUAUCAACCACUCAGUUGAAGUUUACAUAGACGUUUUGGCUUUAAAUUGGAUGCUAAAAAAAGCACAGUCUACUGUUCUCAUUGUGAGCAAAGCUUUUCCUACCAUCACAGCAAUAUACGCUUGCAAUACCAUUUGCGGGGGGAAAAACACAGUGAUUUCCGACAACUCUAACAUGGAUUUCCGAGGGUACCCCCUGUCCAGCAGUCUGGCCCCAAAUUUGAGGAGAAGGGGCGAACGGGGAGCAACAGGACUGGUUCUGGACAGGCGCAAGUCAACAGUUUGGAAUUACUACAUCCAGCUUAAUGAGAUGUAUGUUGAGUGUAAUAUAUGCAAGAGGCAGUUGUCUUUUCACAACAGCACUACGACUAUGAGGGAGCACCUUGUCCGCAAACAUAAUAUACGCGACAACGCGCCACCUGUACUUGAUAACACAGCAGUGGCCGGGGCCCCGAUUCCAGCUACAUCACUCCAGCCAAUGGCCCAGCCCGGAUUCCCCUGCAACAUCUCUACUACAUCUGCCACAGCCAACACAUGCAUGUUCCAGACAGAUUUGCACAUAGUUGUAAAAGAGGAGCAGCAGGAUGCUGACUUAUCUCCUGAACAAGGGACGGCCAAACGUGCCCGAAUCACAUGUGCUCCUCCCCUAGAUGUAGGAGGUGGUGCCAAUGCAAUCCCUGUCACCAGCCAACAUUUGGAACCAUCAAACUCAAAUGCUGGAUUACUAUAUAGUGAGAACAACGACUUUGGUGAUACCAACCAUAGUGGUAUCACCACCAAAGAAUCCAAUGACAAGCGUACUGGGGUUCUGACUGACCUAAUAUUGGAAAUGGUGUACAGGGACUUGCAGCCACUGUCUGUGGUGGAGGAGAGGGGAUUUCGUCUUCUAUUGAGCUACUUAGAACCACAGUACCCAGUGCCGUCUCCCUCUCAGCUUGGCAGCCUUCUUUGGCAUCACUAUGAUGUUCUGAAACGGCACCUGCAGCAGUAUCUUCAGUCUGGCCUGGCUCCACGUUGCAUAACACUUUGCACUGAGUACUGGCAGUCCGUAGCAGGUUGUGCGGUAGGAGCAGGCGGUCGCCUCUUCUUCACUGUAAGUGCACAUUUUGUUGACAAAGACUGGCGCUUGGCCCGUUGUGUGCUGCAGACUUGUCCCAUGCCCGAUAUCAGGGAGAAGAUUUGUGAAAGAGGGUUCAUUCAAUUUGGGGACACACUGAAGGCAGUUCUCUCUGAAUUCCAUCUUCCCCAGAGCUCUGUUUUCUGUGUUGUACAUGACACUCCCAGGAUCUCUGAGGCCAGAGGGACUGAGAAUAUGGGAGUUCCGAAAGAAAAAGUUAAUCGUACUGCUGGACCACACCAAUCACCUCAGGAUCUCCCAGAAGGCUGGGUAGCGUUACACUGUGCAGGGGAAGCCCUCAAACUCUGCAUCCAGGACGGACUAUGGAUGGAACCUGUCAGACAGGCUCUUGCGGAGGCCCGCAGGAUUAUCUCACAUUUCCAGCAUGACGCACCUGCUGCCGCCGCUCUGAUCCACAAGGCAGAAGCGGCGAAUAAGGCAGGCGCUUGUCUAGUGCUGGAUGACCCAGGGCGCUGGGCGACUGCGAUCGACAUGUGUGAGAGUCUGCUCGAGCUGAAGUGGGUGGUGAGCUCCGUUCUCGAGGAACAGAAAGCUGCUCCAAAUUUAGCAGACCACCAGUGGCGCCUCCUCCAGGAACUGGUGCCAGUACUUAAGACCGUGCGCAUCGCUGCCUCCUUCUUGAGCGAGGACAUCAAUUUGUCCAUCUCCGCCCUUAUGCCAUGCCUGCAUGGUGUAUCUCGUGUCCUAGAGCAACAUAUCGCAGAGACCAGCUGCCCUGUGGCUCGGGGAGUAAUGGAGACCGUGCGGUCAGGGAUGGAGCGACAGUGGAGACUGGGUGAAGAGGAAGUCUUACUGGACAGCCCUGCCGUCCUCUCCUCAUUCCUGGACCCGAGGUUUAAGGAGCUGCGCUUCCUCAGCCCACAUGCACGUAGUAGGCUACACGACAAGGUCAAGGAACUAUUAUCUGCCCAAGCACAAAUAGAGGUGGAGGAAAUGAGCAGAGAGUGUGACAAAGGAGGCGAGGAUGAGGAUGUCGAAGAGGGAAGGGAAAAGGAAGUGAGGAAUCGGGGAUUGGAUCACUCACAGUCAACCAUUGCUCCUCUGGAUUCACCUGUGUCCUGUGAAUCAAAUGAAGAGGGGGACAUUAUUGUGCUGCAGCAACAGUUAAAGGGGCUGUCCCAGACUGCCCCAUCACAGGUCAGUGGAGAGGGACUGGGUGAAGGCUCACGCUGCAGUGCUGGAAAUGGUCCCAGCAGAGUAGCAGGACUGUCUAGCCUGUUAAAAGGAGAUCAGCAGCCCCCUGCUUAUAGGCAAGUGAGUCAUGUGCCCAAAAGCAUGUACGACAUACUGCUUGGAGAGGAUCCCACUGAGCGAAUGCCUGAGAUCCACCAACAGCUAGAGAACUACAUUGCAGAGCCGCUGUGCAAACGCAGCCUGUCACCUCUCCACUGGUGGCGCUCGAAGGAGCAUCGCUUCCCUGCGGUGGCCAGACUUGCCCGCACAUUUCUGGCUAUCCCUGCUACUGCUGUGCCUGCAGACAGGGCCUUUGCACCUAGAGAGACUACUGUUGCUCAACGCAGGGCCAUUCUGGGGCCCCAGCAUUUAGAUCAUAUUCUAUUCCUUCACCAGAACAGUGACUAUGUGGAGAAACUGAUGGGAGGGUCUACAGGGCAUGAAGAGAGGGGCAGUGACAGGAAUGGAGCCAAGCAGACUCUGUAUCAGUCUUUAGUGUCCUAUGAGAGCAAGGCUUGGGUGGGAGGGGAGAAGUUGUGAUCAGUCUACAUACCUUAUUUUAUAAAGUAAAGAACUAUGUUGUGCAUAGGCCUCUGAGAAAAGAUCCAUCCAUUCAUGCCCAAGAUUUAUCUGACUUCAACUCAUCUUGGAUGCAGAGUUUGAAAAAUCAACGACAAGGCAAAGCAAAUAAUGCAGCUACUGGACUCAAAGCCACACUUGUGUGGCGUCUGUAUUUACAUGUAAAAUAGUGUCUGGCCAACAUACAGUGCCUUGCGAAAGUAUUCGGCCCCCUUGAACUUUGCGACCUUUUGCCACAUUUCAGGCUUCAAACAUAAAGAUAUAAAACUGUAUUUUUUUGUGAAGAAUCAACAACAAUUGGGACACAAUCAUGAAGUGGAACGACAUUUAUUGGAUAUUUCAAACUUUUUUAACAAAUCAAAA